AGGUGCUAGGAGGAGUUCGCAAAGACACGACUUUUGAGAGCUUUGAAAACCAGCACUGUUUGUCCACAUAUGUAGGAAGUGACUGCAGCUCUGCCUCCAACAUGAGUCAACAUAGAGACUCUGCUGGUGGACAUGGAGAUUCAAAACCAACAUCCCAGAAAGGGAGACCAGACUCUCCUGCACCCAGCUGUGUGUCCAUGAAGAGUGAUCAGUCAAAGGCUGACAUCAUCAACUUUAGUGAGGCACACAGUCAUCCUGAUCCCAGCCCAGUGGAUGAGAGGCCAGACUCUCCUGCACCCAGCUGUGUGUCCAUGAAGAGUGAUCAGUCAAAGGAACAGAUCAUCAACUUUAGGGAGGGACACAGUCAUCCUGAUCCUAGCUUCCAACAGGAGGAACAAACAAUUCAUCCAUCCUCCAGCAACACUUAUCAAAAUGAAUUGUCUACUGUAUUCAAGGAGCUUGAACACAAAGUCAUCACUUUCAUGACGAAUGAACUAAAGAGACUCAAGAAGCUCCUGACUCAUGAUUACCCAGAAUCCCCUUGUAGUGAGGAGGAGGAGGAUGAGGAGGACCAGAGAGAUGCCAGAGAUGGAGCUCUGAAGAUUGCAGUGCACAUCCUGAGGAACAUGAACCAGGAGAUCAUUGCUCAGCAACUGGAGAAAUAUGGACUGUUUCCUAGAUGUCAACAAGAGCUCAAAUAUAGGCUCACAAAGAAGUUUCAGAAUGUAUUUGAAGGCGUGCCUAAGCUAGGAAACCCUACUUUUCUGGAGAAGAUCUACACAGAGCUCUACAUCACAGAGGGGGAAAGUGUAGAGGUCAAUACAGAACAUGAGGUCAGACAGAUUGAGAUGGCAUCCAAGAGACAAAUAACAAAGAGGGAAACACCAAUCAAAUGUACUGACAUCUUCAAGUCCUUACCCGGACAAGACAAACCCAUCAGAACUGUGCUGACAAAGGGAGUUGCUGGCAUUGGAAAAACAGUCUCUGUACAGAAAUUCAUUCUGGACUGGGCUAAAGAAAAUGCCAAUCAGAAUAUUCACUUUAUAUUUCCUCUUCCUUUUCGGGAGCUGAACUUGAUUAAAGACAAGAAAUACACCCUUAUGGACAUCAUCCAUCACUUCUUCCCUGAAACAAAAGACUUCGCCUUUUCCAACCAGGACAGAUACAACAUUGCUUUCAUCUUUGAUGGUCUGGAUGAAAGCAGACUUCCUCUGGAUUUCCGGCACAAUGAAUGCAUCUACAAUGUAUCAGAACCUGCCUCAGUGGAUGUUCUUCUCACAAACCUCAUCAAGGGGAAUCUGCUUCCCUCUGCUCUUGUGUGGAUCACCUCCCGACCAGCAGCAGCCAAUCAAAUCCCUCCUGAGUGUGUUGACCAGGUGACAGAAGUCCGGGGUUUCAAUGACCCACAGAAGGAGGAGUACUUCAGGAAGAAAAUCACAAAAGAGGAACUGGCCAGCAGAAUCAUCACACACCUGAAGUCUUCCAGGUGCCUCUACAUCAUGUGUCACAUUCCAGUCUUCUGUUGGAUGGCAGCCACUGUUCUGGAGUACAUCCUGACUGAAGCAGAGAGUGGAGAGAUUCCAACAUCUUUGACACAAAUGUACACACACUUCCUGAUCAUACAAACCAAACACAUGAGUCAGAAGUAUGGAAACCGUGAUGCGGAUGCACUCCUGAAGACCAUUCUGUCCCUGGGCAAACUGGCUUUUCAGCAGCUGGAGAAGGGCAAUCUGAUCUUCUAUGAGGAGGACCUGAGGGAGUGUGGCAUUGAUGUCACAGAAGCAUCAGUGUACUCAGGGAUGUGCACCCAGAUCUUCAGGGAGGAGGCUGGGCUGUACCAGGGCAAGGUGUUCUGCUUUGUUCAUCUGAGUAUUCAGGAGUUUCUAGCAGCUUUAUAUGUGUUUUUGCACUUUAGCAAGAGAGAAAGCAAUAUGCCUGACCAACACCAAACCUCUCAGCUUAAUUCACUGCUCAGUGCUAACAAACGUCAUGGCCUACACCAGACUGCAGUGGAUUUGGCCUUAAGGAAUGAGAAUGGACACCUGGACCUUUUCCUAAGGUUUCUUCUGGGCCUCUCCCUGGAGUCCAAUCAGAAACUCUUACAAGACCUGCUGCCACAGACAGGAAGCAGCCCACUGAACACAGAGGAAACAGUCAAGUACAUCAAGCAUAAGAUCAGAGAAGCCCCCAACCCAGAGAGAUGCAUCAACCUGUUCCACUGUCUGAAUGAACUGAACGACCACUCACUGGUGGAGGAGGUCAAGGCCUACUUGAGGGAGGGAAAAGAAACCAAAACGGAUCUCUCUCUUUCCCAGCUGUCAGCUCUGGCGUUUGUGCUGCUGAUGUCAGACCAGGAACUGGAGGAGUUUGACAUGGAGGAUUAUGGGGGAAAGGGAUCACCUGCCAGAUCAGAGGCAGGUGUGCUGAGGAUGCUGCCCGUGGUCAAAGCAUCAAGAAGAGUGAAGCUGAGUGGUUGUAACCUCACAGUGAAGAGCUGUGCAGCUUUAUCUUCAGCUCUCAGCUCAAACUCUUCCAGUCUGAGACAGCUGCACCUGAGUGGCAAUAAUCUGCUGGGAGAUUCAGGAGUGGAGCUGCUUUCUACUGGUCUGGAUUAUCCAAACUGCAGACUGGAGAAACUACGGUAA